AGCCGCGCGGCCCCCGCGCGCGCGCGAGCCCCGCCGCCCUCCGCCGGGGCGGCGCCCCUCCGCGCUCUCCGAGUCGGCUGCCCGCAAGAGCGGCCUUCCCCUCGCGCAUUCGCCCGCGCCGCCGCGCCGCCGCGGGGGCUCUCGCGAGCGGCGCGCGCUCGCUCCGCCGGGGCGGCCAGCGCUCUGCGCUGUCCGAGGCGGCAUGGCGCAGGCCCAGAGCCGCUACAGGCUGAGCGGCGCCGAGCGGGCCAUGCUGCAGGGCACCUGGCCGCUUGGCCUGCUGGAUGACAGGGCGCGGGAGCCGCGCAUCGUGGAGAGCGCGGAGGAGUUCCUCCGCGAGGUGUUGGUGGGGGAGCACUUGGAGGACUUCGACUUCGUAGUGCUGCCAAAAGGCACCGAGCUGCUCGCCCUCUCCUGGGAGGACUGCCUGCCCGACGACAUCCGCGCGGCCCUCCGGGACUGCAACAGCGCCACCGACUUUGCGAGGCAGCUGCGGGCGAGGCCCGAGGUGGUGGAGCGGUACCGCGCGGACAUCGAGUACGUCGACAGGAAGCGCCAGCAGCGCGACAUCCUCCGCAAGGACAAGCUCGAGCUGGGCAAGCGCAUCGACGAGGCCAUCCGGAUGGCCGCGGCAGGCGAGGCGGACGCGGAUCUGUUGUACAUUGCCGAGAUGAGACUGAGGGUUGAGGCCCCGCACCCCCUCGGCGGGGAGGGCGUGAAGACGGUGUGCCGGCGGGAUGUGAAGGACGUCCUGGGACCUUAUGCGAGCUGGACCCUGUAUUGGGAUCGCUACGACGAAGGUUUUUUUGCCGGCGGCGCUAGGAGCGGCAAGGGUCUGCAUGUGGACCAGGUGUUGUGGAGCAACGUGGGCAAGAACUGGAGCGGCCACAAGCUGAUCGCUGCCUGGCCCCCAGGGGAGGUCAGCAAACAGGUGGCUCUCGAGCUCUACGACGUGCUGCUGUCUCCGCCGCUCUCCGAGCGUGAGCUGCAGGUUCUGGGGAUGGCCGCCAAGGUCGUCCUGAUUCGGCCAGGCGACGUCUACCUCUUCAGUGGUGGCGUAGCUCAUGCCGUUCUCUGCGUAUCCGAUGAGAUAUGCCUCGGUGCGUACGAGUCCUUGGUGACGCUGCACCCGAAGCAUGUGGCCCACUUUCUGCGGACGAGCGACAGCGAGGGCCCCUUCUGCCUCGACAAGUACUCCAUGGACGAAAAGGAGUUUAGGGACACCAAGGAUGAUUGCAUAGACCAGCUGGAGGACGCGGCGGCGCAGCUGGCACAGGGCGGGCCCGCGUCGGCGCCGGUGCCGCUGGCGGGCCCGUGUGCGUCGGCCGCCCCGGCGCUGUGGCGCGGGCUGCUCGCUGCGCUGCACUCUGACGACGGACUGCAGCGCACCCUGCGGGAUCACUACGCGAGCUGCGUGGCGCUAUGCGCGGCCGACGCGUACUUCCGGCAGAACCUGCCGCAGCGUGUCCUGCACGCGGCGGCGGCCUGCGGCUGGCGCGGCGCUGCCGCGGCGGCACCGAAGCGGCGGCGGCUGUUGCUGGGCGGCGGCGGGGCCGCCCAGGCCACGUCUGACAGCACGUCGUCUGAAGACGAUGCGCCCAGCAGUUGCGUGCCACGGACAGGGGGCUGCACCAUAUGACAUCCCAGCAUGGGAAAUAUCGGCAUCAUUCCACCGUCUCCACCAUCAUCGUCAUCAGUAGUGCCAUCGCCGUGAAGAAGUCGCUGACCCCAGUAGUGCCAUCGCCGUGAAGAAGUCGCUGACCCAGUCAGUGCUUUGGUGGCGCCUUUCGCAGUACCGGGUACUUCGCGAGGGCGUGUACGGGUACCGCACGAAGGUGCCCAGCGGGGCAUUCUUUCGGAUCCCUUGAAGGCGCUCUGUGCUGCCCUCCCCUUGCGGGGCCCUCCAUGCCCAGAGUCGUGGUGUGCCUCACGUGUGGUGCCCCCGCAAGUCAUGUUCGAUUGCCGGUCUAUCGAUCAUCCAGGGUCUCCUGCAACGUGCCAUUACAUAUGGAUUCUGGCACUCGAACGACGUUCAAGGUCAAGGUCCAGGCACUAUGACUGGCGCUACUAGCAUUUGCAUGUGCCAGUUUGAGCUGCAGAUGCAGUAAUUUAAUUCGUGGGGGUAGUGAAAGAGCCCGC